CCUCUGUGUGUUUUAGGUACUUUUCACACAUGAGGAGAAGACGAGCUUCUUAAACCAGGAGCACCCAGCAUCAGAGACCCCUUGUCCACCAUGAGGGGAGCCUGCAUCAUCACAUGGCUAUUCUCAAGCCUGGGGCUAUGGAGACUCGUACAGCCAGAGGCCCAGGAUGCUGCUCAUUGCCAGAGAGCUGAGCACCCGGUCAUUUCUUACAAAGAAAUCGGCCCCUGGUUACGGGAGUUCAGAGCGAAGAAUGCUGUGGAUUUCUCACGGUUAACCUUCGACCCAGGACAGAAAGAACUUGUGGUAGGAGCAAGAAACUACCUCUUCAGAUUACUACUUGAGGAUCUCUCUCUCAUCCAGGCUGUGGAGUGGGGAUGUGACGAAGCUACCCAGAAGGCCUGUUACAGCAAGGGAAAGUCAAAGGAGGAAUGUCAGAACUAUAUCCGCGUGCUUUUGGUGGGGGGUGAGCGGCUGUUCACCUGCGGGACCAAUGCCUUCACACCUGUCUGCACCAACCGCUCGUUGAGUAACCUGACCGAGAUCCAUGAUCAGAUCAGCGGCAUGGCCCGCUGUCCCUACAGUCCCCAGCACAAUUCCACCGCCCUGCUCACAGCCAGUGGGGAGCUCUAUGCUGCUACCGCCAUGGACUUCCCUGGUCGUGAUCCCGCCAUUUACCGGAGCCUGGGCGCUCUGCCUCCACUCCGCACCGCCCAGUACAACUCCAAGUGGCUCAAUGAGCCAAACUUCGUGUCCUCUUAUGAUAUCGGAAAUUUCACCUACUUCUUUUUCCGAGAAAAUGCUGUGGAGCAUGACUGUGGGAAGACCGUGUUCUCCAGAGCUGCCCGCGUCUGCAAGAACGACAUUGGAGGCCGGUUCCUGCUGGAAGACACCUGGACCACAUUCAUGAAGGCCCGCCUGAACUGCUCCCGGCCUGGAGAGGUGCCCUUCUACUACAACGAACUGCAGAGCACCUUCUUCCUGCCCGAGUUGGAUCUGAUCUACGGCAUCUUCACCACCAAUGUGAACAGCAUCGCUGCCUCUGCUGUGUGUGUCUUCAACCUGAGUGCCAUCUCUCAGGCCUUCAAUGGGCCCUUCAAGUACCAGGAGAACUCGCGCUCGGCCUGGCUGCCUUAUCCCAAUCCCAACCCCAACUUCCAGUGUGGCACCGUGGACCAGGGCCUGUACGUGAACUUGACAGAAAGAAACCUACAGGAUGCUCAGAAAUUCCUUCUGAUGCACGAGGUGGUGCAGCCAGUGACGCCAGUGCCCGCCUUUAUGGAAGACAACAGCCGCUUCUCCCACGUGGCCGUGGACGUGGUGCAGGGCAGAGACACCCUUGUCCACAUCAUCUAUCUGGCCACAGAUUACGGAACCAUUAAGAAAGUUCGGGCACCCCUGAAUCAGACCACGGGCAGCUGUGUGCUGGAGGAGAUUGAGCUCUUCCCAGAGCGGAGGAGGGAGCCCAUCAGAAGCCUGAAGAUCCUCCACAGCCAGAGCGUCCUGUUCGUGGGGCUGCAGGAGCACCUGGCCAAGAUUCCCCUGAAGAGAUGCCAGUUCCACCGCACGCGCAGCACCUGCAUGGGAGCCCAGGACCCUUACUGUGGCUGGGACUCGGUGAUGAAGAAGUGCACGAGCCUGGAGGAGAGCCGCAGCAUGACGCAGUGGGAACAGAGCAUCUCCUCCUGUCCUACCCGAAAUCUCACUGUGGAUGGGAGCUUCGGCCUCUGGUCUCCCUGGCUGCCCUGCUCGCACACGGAUGGUGGCGCCCUGGGAUCCUGCCUCUGCCGCUCCCGCUCCUGCGACAGCCCUGCCCCCCGGUGUGGCGGCUGGCCGUGCCAGGGGUCCAGCAUGGAGAUUACCAACUGCUCCAGGAACGGAGGCUGGACCCCCUGGACCUCGUGGUCGCCCUGCAGCACCACCUGUGGCAUCGGCUUCCAGGUGCGGCAGCGGUCCUGCAGCAACCCCACACCCCGGCACGGGGGCCGGGUGUGCGUGGGGCAGAACCGCGAGGAGAGAUACUGCAAUGAGCAUUUGCUGUGCCCCCCGCACAUGUUCUGGACUGGCUGGGGGCCUUGGGAACGCUGCACGGCCCAGUGCGGGGGUGGCAUUCAAGCUCGCCGCAGGACCUGUGAGAAUGGCCCCGACUGUGCGGGCUGCAACGUGGAGUACCAGCCCUGUAACACCAACGCGUGUCCGGAGCUGAAGAAGACCACACCCUGGACACCCUGGACCCCAGUCAACAUCUCAGACAACGGCGGCCACUACGAGCAGCGCUUCCGCUACACCUGCAAAGCCCGCCUGCCCGACCCGAACCUGCUGGAGGUCGGGCGGCAGAGGAUCGAGAUGCGUUACUGCUCCAGCGACGGGACCAGCGGCUGCUCCACGGAUGGGCUUUCUGGAGACUUCCUGCGUGCAGGGAGAUACUCUGCCCACACUGUCAAUGGGGCGUGGUCAGCCUGGACCUCCUGGUCCCAGUGCAGCCGGGACUGCAGUCGGGGCAUUCGGAACAGGAAGCGAGUGUGCAACAACCCGGAGCCCAAGUAUGGGGGACUGCCCUGCCUGGGCCCAUCGCUGGAAUACCAGGAAUGCAACAUAUUACCCUGCCCAGUGGAUGGUAUGUGGUCUUGCUGGUCAUCCUGGUCAAAGUGCUCAGCCACAUGUGGUGGAGGACACUACAUGCGGACCCGCUCAUGCACUAACCCAGCCCCAGCCUACGGAGGGGACAUCUGCCUGGGACUGCACACCGAAGAGGCACUGUGUAACACACAGCCCUGUCCAGAGAGCUGGUCGGAGUGGUCAGACUGGUCUGCGUGUGACACCUCAGGCAUCCAGAUCCGAGCUCGUCACUGCAUACUUCUGUUUCCUGUGGGCAGUCAGUGUUCCGGAAACACCACGGAGAGCCGGCCAUGCGUUUUUGACUCUAAUUUCAUCCCAGAAGUAUCGGUGGCAAGAUCCAGCAGUGUAGAAGAGAAAAGGUGUGGAGAGUUCAACAUGUUCCACAUGAUUGCCGUGGGGCUCAGCAGCUCCAUCCUCGGCUGCCUGCUCACUCUGCUUGUCUACACCUACUGCCAGCGGUACCAGCAGCAGUCCCACGACGCCACGGUCAUCCACCCCGUCUCUCCCGCGCCCCUCAAUACCAGCAUCACUAACCACAUCAACAAACUGGACAAGUAUGACUCGGUGGAGGCCAUCAAGGCAUUUAACAAGAACAACUUGAUCCUGGAGGAAAGAAACAAAUACUUCAACCCACAUCUCACUGGGAAGACCUAUUCCAAUGCCUACUUCACAGAUCUCAAUAAUUACGAUGAGUACUAAUAGCUCAUAUAGUUUUUGGCUUCUUGUAAAUCCCCUGUUUUGCGAAGCCUGUGCUACAUGACCGCCCAAGUUCCUGAGGCUUCAGAUAGGAUGCUUGGAUCAAGUUCAAGUGCAUUUCUAGCCAAGAUUGUCCCAUUGCUACCAAAAAUACGCUCCUUGUAAGCAACAACAACGAAAUCUAAGUGUAACUUGGUGAAAAUCUGGUCUACAACAAACCAUCGAAUGAGCGGCAGUGUGAAGUGUUUUCAUUUCUGUUUUCAUUUUUAAUUGGGUCCAUCGCCGUGCUCUAACAGAUUGGUUAUUUUCAUUACUUCGUUUUACAAAGGUACCACUCAAUUUUAGGAAUGAAAAGUCAUCUGCCCUUUGAGUACAAGUCUUCACGUGAUUUGAAUUUGACAAAACACGCACUUUACCCGAGAUGCCCCUCCCUCCACGCAGCUGCUAGCAUUUGCCCUCGUGAAGACCGUGGAUUCCGGCCAUGGGGAUGAUUCUCACCCAGGCCCUAGGACCCCGGGGCUUGUCUGACUUGCACCUCCUGCAGCCUGACCGUGGGCAUUCUGUGCAUCAUCACCCAGGAGUGAGCAGAUGGAGCCCAGGGAGCCCCACAUUUCCCAUCUACCUGCGCAGAAAUAUCUGGAACAUUUAGGGUACCGAUUUGAGAAAGUAUUGAAAGUACUGCACAGCAAUGAACAAUGACUGUUUAAAUGUCUUCUGUGGUAUUAUACCAAGUGUUGAAAGAUGUGAGACUGAGACGCAGGCCUCUUUCCUUUCUCUUCCACCUCCCUGGU